CCACAAUAGCUCGAAGCUUCAAGAUAAUUUAUUUGUAAGGUUAUCUAGGAUUUAUAGCAUUUACAUUUUUCACUUCUUAUAUCUUCAUUCUCAUCGUUAACUGCAUCUCGACAACGAUACACACUUUCCACCAAGGCCUUGUUCUUUCAUGUAUUGAUGUCCUAUUCGGUACCCGUCUUGCCCCUUUUUCAAUACAUCCAGGCUUUCCAUCUCAAAAUCAUCUCCCCCCUCUCUCCCAUCUCAAAGCAACCCACCUCCCAUCAAACCAAAGAUGUCCCCUUCAAUAAGACCCUUAUGUCUGUUUAGUUUACCCUCAUCCUUGCGACCACUUCUCGCCGCACGACUUUAUGCAACACAUACCGGCUUAGGCACCACAAAUACUUCGUCGCAACCAAAAAGGAAAGCCGUUACAACCUUCAAUGAUGAUGGCAGAGUUCCGUGGCGCGAUUUGUCGGGACGGGAAAAGGUUGCCAGAACUACUCAACAGACUUUCAAUCUUGGUACCGUCCUCCUCGGCACAGUAUUAACUGUAUGUUGAUCACCAUGUUUCCAUACCCUUCCCUUCUAACGUUUAAUACAGGGUGGUGUCAUCUAUCUUCUUUACACUGAAGUGUUUGCCCCCGAAAGUAAAAUCAACCAAUUCAAUAGAGCAGCCGAUCAAGUCAAGAGGGAUCCACGGUGCAUAGAAGUAUUAGGUAAUGGAAAGAAGAUAAGGGCAUAUGGCGAGCCAACGUCUAGCAAGUGGGCCAGAGCUGGGCCUAUUGCGUAUGUAUUCUUGACUACAUUUGUGUUGCCAUUGUACUGAGUUACAUACAGUUCCAACAUUACGAAGGAUCGUCGAGGAGUGGAACACCUGGUUAUGCAUUUUAAUGUCGAGGGUCCACUGAAUCAAGGUGUGGUGAACCUACACAUGAUCAAGCCACCAUCGGAGAGCGAAUUUGUAUACAAAUACUUAUUCUUGGAUGUGAAAGGGCAUCAGAGGAUAUACCUUGAGAAUGCGGAUGCAACGAAUGGGCCUGGGAAGAAUAAGAGCAGAUUUUUAGGGAUAACUUGGCGAUGAUACGAGGGGAAGAAGCGGCUUUUUGUUGCGGUGGCUGAAAGAGACAUCUGAAUGACGAAUUGGAUCAAGAUGAAUGGAAACCUUCUAGCGGUGAAACGGUGAUUGAUUAUAAAUCACCUCAUUGUUUUAAAAAGAGCUGAACACCCGAAUGUCUGAAAUAAAGCGCUGUGCAUUCAAAAUCAAGUUUUGUUUGGCUUAUGCUGAUUUGGCAUGCGUUGAUUCGGGCA